CAAGCACUUCAUUCACCACAUCACUAGUCUUUUUCCGGUGCGCAAGGUCGGCAAACAGUUAUAAAUCAUGGCUGAUAUUGAAGUUGAAGUGCCCGUGAACCCCGUCUUGAGCGGAGGUGCUAUGGACGUGAACACAGCCCUCCAAGAGGUUCUGAAGACCGCCCUCAUCCACGGUGGACUCGUCCAUGGUCUCCACGAAGCCGCCAAGGCCCUUGACAAGAGGCAAGCUAUGCUGUGUGUCCUCGCCGAGAACUGUGAUGAAGCCUCCUACAAGAAGCUAGUUCAGGCCCUCUGCAACGAACAUCAGAUUCCUCUCGUCAAGGUUGACAACAACAAGAAGUUGGGCGAAUGGGCCGGUCUCUGCAAGAUCGACAAGGACGGCAAAGCCAGAAAGAUUGUCGGCUGCUCGUGCGUGGUGAUCAAAGACUUCGGUGAAGAGACACCAGCGUUGGACGUGCUCAAAGACUACCUCAAGUCGUCGAGCUAAUUCCUAGGUGUAGUCGCUAAGUUUUAAAAAUAAAAAUCCAAAAAAAUUGAA